AUGCACCUGUUGAUCGAGGAGAACUUUACGUGUUUGAUAAUGAACAAAGUUGCUGAGAUGAAGUGUGACACUCUUCUUUUUGAGGACGACAUUAAGGCAGAGGAGAGGUGCAGACUGAGCUGUGUGGAUUUGCCUCAGAGCAGUUUACCAGACGGGCAGAGCGCAGACCUGCUGAGGUGCCAGGAAACCAACGGGGACAUUUCUCCCAUCAGAAGAUACGGGUCUCGUUUGGGUGGGGUCAAAGUUCGCCACAAGAGACAGGUGCUGCAGGACAUGGCUCGGCCGCUCAAACAUUGGCUGUACAAACACCGGGACAACCCCUACCCCACCAAGACGGAGAAGGUCCUGCUGGCUCUGGGCUCUCACAUGACUCUAGUGCAGGUUUCCAACUGGUUUGCAAACGCCCGGCGGAGGCUGAAGAACACAGUGAGACAGCCAGACCUGAGCUGGGCCCUGAGGAUCAAACUGUACAAUAAAUACAUCCAGGGAAACGCUGAGAGACUGAGCGUGUGCAGCGAUAACUCAGAAUCAGACGAUGAACACUGUCUCUUACAAACUCCCAUCGGCCAAUCAGACUUUGGCAGGUCCCACAAGAGUGCGCUCGAGAAGCAGGGCGGCGUCCUCGCCAUGGCGGACUCUGCCAACAGUGACGACAGCGCUUCACCUCCAUCCAAGUACAAGAGCAGUUUGCUGAACCGCUACCUGAACGACACCCUGAGACACAUGAUGGCGGGGGAGGCCAAUGGCGUCGCUCCGGCCCACAAGAGGAGGAGCCACUCCGAGUCGUUCAGCUCCAACGAGUGCGAUCAAGAUGUUGUCUCUCCGGCGUCAUCGUACGAAACGGAGGCCAACUUCGUCUACCACAUGGACACAAUGGACUAUACGUCAACUAAAUGUGACAGGGAGCAGCAGCAGGGCCGAGGUCAGCAUAGUCGAGGUGAUCAGGACUGGAGGGAGAUUCACGCCGCUGUGGCUCUUACCAACCUGGCCCAGGGGCAGAGCUGCAUUGAAGACCCGAGCAGCUUGACAGGGACCAAAGCUGGUACAGGGCAGAGCAGCACACGAGGUCCCACCUCGGUUACCAGUAUCCUGGACAGGAUACGUGUCACAGGACCCAACGCGGCUCUGAGGCAGAGCUGCACCACAGGGCCCACUCUCACCAGCCGCAUCAUCCAGAAGUCCUCCCAUAUCUCUGAAGUCCAGACUGUUAAUGUGGCCCUGGCAAACAGCUUGUAG